UUUUGACAUCAUAUUAUUAUUUUUUUACAAUUCUCGUAACACUUAACAAUAUUUUUAGUUGUUUCUGCCAUCUAUAGAUAAUUACAUUUAUUGUUUUCCUGUGCUUUUGACUUGUACGUAAAUUGUGCGUUAACUAAUUGGUAUAGCAAUCAUGAGCUAUUCACCAUCAACACAGCCUAAUGUUACCAAGCCAGAUUGGCUAAGUCGAAUCGAAAAUAUGAAAGUCAACCGUAAAGACAUGAACAAACUUAUUAUGAACUACUUGGUGUCUGAAGGAUUCAAAGAAGCGGCCGAAAAAUUUGAACAAGAAGCUGGUAUUAGUUCUCCCCUCAAGUUAAAUACCUUGGGAAACCGGAUUAAAGUGAUAGAGUCUGUACAAUCAGGAAAAAUGCAAGAAGCCAUUACACUUAUCAAUCAAUUGUACCCUGGUCUUCUAGAUGACGAUCGUGAUUUAUACUUUCAUUUACAGCAACUGCAUCUAAUUGAACUUAUCAAAGAAGGUAAUAUUGAAGAAGCUCUUGUAUUCGCCCAAGCUAAACUAUCAGAAGUAGGAGAAGGAAAUCCUACUAUACUUACAGAACUAGAAAGAACACUUGCAUUAUUAGCAUUCGAGGAACCUCAAAAGAGCCCUUUUGCUGACCUUCUUCAAACUACACAUAGACAAAAAGUAUCUAGUGAGCUGAAUGCAGCUAUUUUGAGAUUUCACAAUCAACCAACAAUUACUCCAAAACUUUACAAUCUUAUGAAGCUAAUAAUGUGGGCACAAGAUGAGUUGGAUAGGAAAAAAGUAAAAUUCCCUCAUAUGACUGAUUUUGGUUCAGCUACAUUGGAACCUCCUAAAUGACGCACAGUUAAUGAGUACGACGACGUAUGUUGUGACUCUUUUUGGCUGUUUGAACAUAAAGAUUAAAUAUUGUUUUUUUUUUUUUAAUCUUAAUUAUUCAUAACUACUUUCCUAAUAAUAUUAUAUACAUCUUUAGGUAUGAAGCAUUAUUAUAAACAAAUUAAGAUAAACUAUACAUUUAAAUUUAUGUCUUGGAUUUUGUUAGCUAACAAAGUUUUUAAAUGUAUUUAAGAAGUAAGUUAUUAGAAUACUCAGGUUUAUUCAAUUUUAUUUGUAUAUUAUGCGACAUUUUACCAAAAAAUAUAUUGUAUAGUUUAA